AACUUAAGAGGAAGUUGUUUGCAGCAUUAUUUCCCAGUACUGAGUAACACCUGCCGCGUUCGUAUUCUUAGAAGUUUAAUAGGUGUUGUCAAUAUUUCGCUGUUUUAACUAAAGCUGUGUAACAGACCGUCGGUAAUAAUCGAGUACAGCUGAGAGUAUACAUAUAUUCGUGGACAGAAAUUGUGAGAAUGGCACAGGUGUGGUUUACAGCCUGCGUCGUUGGGUUUCUUUGUUGUUUUUCGCUUCUGAAUGCGUGUACAUGGGACUCAAACAUCGAUCUGGAGCAAGGUCUGGACAUCAGAUCGUUUGACAAUGGCGCAGCUUACCUGGCUUACCUGCCGGAGGUCUCCGAUGCGGAAGAGUGUAUGCAGGCUUGUUGUGAUAGAAUCGACUGCCAGCUCGCUCUUAUCGGGACUCCAGCGGGCGGAAAACCAGAGUGUCGCCUGGUAAACUGCGUUAAAGACGGCAACGACGUCUGCGUCCUGACGCCCAGCACUCAAUUCAAGGUUUACCGAAAGACCGCCGAUACUGACGCGCAGGGCCAAAACGAGGCUGAUGUUCGCACUGCGUUCACAACAGAGGACUGUCGUCUCACAAGUGUGGUGGGAAACUGCCGUGCCUCCUUCCCACGUUACUAUUAUGACGUCACCAAUCAGACCUGCAAACCGUUCAUCUAUGGUGGAUGUGGGGGAAACAAUAAUAACUUUGAUACCCAGGAGGCUUGCCAGACGGCUUGCAAUGGAGUGACAGGUACUGUGCUCAGUGACUCUCAUGCUGUGUCUCAACGCAGCAGAAUGUCCGCCCCUGAAGAUAUGAAUGCUGAUGAGCCCAAGGCUCUUCCUGAGAUGACGUACGAGGACUUUCAAGAGAAAUGUCUGGCCGUUGCGAAGACCGGGUACUGCAGAGCCUCCAUCAGGCGCUACUUCUACAACAAUGGCACCUGUGAACCAUUUACCUAUGGAGGCUGCAGGGGCAACAUGAACAACUAUGAAACAGAGGAGGAGUGCAUGACAACCUGCACAGUGAAGAUCAUUUCCAGAAAUGAGAUGCCACUUGUCACUCCCAGUGCCCCUAACAGCUACCAAGAAGCCUGUCUCGCACCAUCUGACUCCGGUCCAUGCCGUGCAGCCUUCUCUAGGUUUUACUUUGAGCCUAGCACCCAUUCCUGUCAGCCCUUCCUGUACGGAGGCUGCCAGGGCAACCAAAAUCGCUACAACACUGAGGAAGAGUGCAUGUCAGCUUGUACUGGGAAUGAUGGGCGAUUUGAUGGGCAUGGACAUGGCCAUGGACGUGGUCGUUGGUCUCCAGCCUUCUUCCUAGUGGCCACCCUGGCCAUCAUGUCUGCCCUCCUGCUGGUGGGUUUGGUCCUGAUCGCAGUGCGUAGGAACAACAGAAGAUUCCAGAGGUUGGAUGAUAAGGAGGAGUUACUGCCAUCAGAGGAGUGGUCUGUUGACCAGUCAUCCAAAACGGUGUCAACCUAAAGAUGAUCUGAGCUGCUUUAUUGAAUAGUACUAAUAUCCAUCUAAUGACACUCCAAGUCAGCCUUAAAACUAAUGGGAAUUUAACUAAAGCAGGAUAUGUUGCACUAACUUUGGGUGAAUUGGUUUGAAAAAACAAAAACUUCUCUGUUACCUUCUUUUUCACCUCAAAUACUUCUUAUGAUUAGAAUCAUAUAGAGUUUAAGUAAACACUGUCAGAAGUCUAUUUAAUGUGAAACAGCUUUUUAUAUUGAAACCUAAAUGAAUAAUGAAGGGUUUUUCCUUAAGCAUUUUCAUGAAUGUAAACAUAUCUACAUGUCAGGUAUAAUUUUAGCUAUAAAUGUAAUGUUUUAUGGGCUUAUAAUCCUCAUGCCUCAUUUUAAGUACAUCAGUCUUCAACAGGCCAUGAGAGAUAAUGACACAAAAUGAAUUAAGUCAAAACAAUAAUUUUUAAUUUGAAUAUCAUUUAAAUGUGGUACAUUUGUAGUAAUCUUAAACUAAGGAUUUUUUCAUACGGUUAAAUAUAUAUAGAGCACCACAGACGUAAAUGAAAUAAAACUAACAAACAAAUUCAGGACAAAUCUCAUGUCCUCCUGAUGUGGCAACUGUAAAGAUUUUUGAUGAUUCUACUGAUAAACUUAUUAAUAUACUGUAACUGUGAUUUAUUCAUAUCAGACUGUCAUUCAGGUUAGAAUGGGACCUGCCAGGAAAAUUUAUUUUAAAAACUUUUAACAAUAAAGAUUUUAAUCUGUUUAAAA